AUGAUGCUCUUCGGUUACGACCAGGGAGUUUUCAGUGGCGUUGUCGUAACCCAGAACUUUCUCGAGCUCCAUGACCUUGUCGGUCCCAGCAGGACUAACGUUCUCGCAACGCUUACUGCCAUCUACGACAUUGGCUGCUUUGUGGGAGCCAUCGUUGCUUUUACCGUUGGCGAGCGCCUUGGCAGGAAGAAGUCAAUUCUCGUCGGAACCGCCAUCAUGUCGGUGGGCACUUUGAUCAAGACAGCGUCUUUCAGUCUGCCCCAGAUGUUUGUUGGUCGCGUCGUACUAGGCAUCGGUAAUGGUAUCAAUACUUCAACGGCGCCAAUCUGGCAGACGGAGACUUCACAAGCGAAGUGGCGCGGCAAGCUCGUCAUUCUUGAGAUGAUGAUGAAUAUCGCCGGCUUCUCUCUCGUAAAUUGGCUCAAUUAUGGCCUGUCGUUCGUGUCAGGCUCCGUGGCAUGGCGCUUCCCUCUCGCAUUCCAAUUUGUUUUCAUCUUUGUCCUGUUUGCCACGGUGCCGUGGCUUCCGGAGUCCCCUCGCUGGCUGAUAGCGCAUGACCGGACCGAGGAAGCCGUCCAGAUCUUAGCUUGUCUAGAGGCCAAGACAAUUGAUGACCCGAUUGUAGCUACCCAAUUCACCGAAAUCGACGACAGCGUUAAAUAUGAGCGUGAACAUUCCGUCAAGUGGAUGGAUCUGAUCCUACGCCGAAACAAGGACCCUAGCGACACCAAAACCCUACGUCGUCUUCUACUCGGGGCAAACACUCAGCUGAUGCAACAGUUCGGCGGAAUCAACAUCAUGUCUUAUUAUCUCCCCACUGUACUAAUUCACUCAGUCGGGUUAUCGGAGAACAUGGCUCGGCUACUCUCUGCCGUCAACUCAGUAACCUAUCUUAUAUUUUCCUCUGCCGCCGUCCCACUGGUUGAGCGAUGGGGCCGUCGUGGGCUGAUGCUCUUAUCUACGGCAGGCCAGUUCUUCUCUUUCCUCAUCAUCACCAUCCUGCUCCGAUUCUCGGAGAACGUCAAUGGGGGCGGGUUUGCUACAGCCUCGAUCCCCUUCUUCUUCCUGUACUACAUUUCCUUCGGCGUAGGCAUGCUUGGAGUGCCCUGGCUGUAUCCUACCGAAGUAAACAGUCUGGCCAUGCGUACGAAGGGUGCAGCGGUUGCCACGGGCACAAAUUGGAUCACCAACUUCGUCAUUGUUGAGAUUACUCCCAUUGGAAUUCAGAAUCUGCGCUGGAAGUUCUGGAUCAUUUUCACGAUUUUCAAUGCAGCGUUCCUGCCCGUGAUCUACCUGCUGUACCCCGAAACUUCAAAUCGGCACCUUGAGGACAUGGACGCGUACUACCGCACGAACCCGCCGCUGAUUGUCGUCAAGGACCAGGAUGCCAUAUGCACCCGCAGGCCACUCAAAUAUGUUGAGCACGAAGACGCAGAGAUUCGACGAAGGCAGCGCGGCAGCAUGGCAGGAUCGGUGAUGGAGGUUGCUGGGACUACCCCCAAGGUUUGA